UAAUAAUUGAUUUGAAGUAUCUAGCGGGUGAUUUUAACAGCUAUCACGAUGGUAUUAUCAAAAUCUGAUAUUUAACUAAUAUAAUUGAAACUUUGAAAUUUUUAAAACCAAAAGAAUGAGGAAACGUUCUGCUACAGAGCCUCGCAAUAGCGUUGAAAAUGUACCAAUUAGAAAGCAAUCAGUGGUGGUCAGGGACAGACCUCCUCACCACACCCUAGAACUACCAGUGAGAAAGGAAUCUGUAAUCAUCAAAGAUGAAGACAAACCGUCGCAUAUCUCGGGAAUUGAUUUCGUGGGAAUAAUAAAAAGCCGAUUACCAAUCAUCACCUGGUUACCGCGAUAUAAUUUUGCGUUAUUUCUUCAAGAUCUGUUGGCGGGUUUCACUGUUGGACUCACAGAAAUACCACAGGGCAUUGCGUAUGCAUCCGUUGCAGGCCUUCCGGCACAAUAUGGCAUGUACAGUGGAAUCAUGGGAGGUUGUAUGUAUUUUGUUUUCGGCAGCUGCAAAGACAUUAACAUGGGCCCAACUGCGAUAAUGGCGCUGGUAAUACAAGACUGCGUAAGCUCCAUGGGUCCAGAUGGAUCCGCCUUGCUAUGUUUUAUAACAGGACUGUUUAUAUUCCUGGGAGGAGUAUUGCAUUUAGGUUUCCUGGUGGAAUUUUUUUCCUUCCCGAUCAUAUCCGGCUUUACGACAGCGGCAGCUAUAAGCAUUGCUUCCACCCAAAUAAAACCUCUACUGGGUAUAUCAGGCAAGUCCAGUGAAUUUCUGGAGUCAUGGGAGUCUACCAUCGAACAUUUUAGCGAGGUGAGACAGUGGGAUAUGAUUUUGGGAUUGACGACCAUCGUCUGCCUUUUCUUGUUACGGCAAUUGAGGGUUUACGGAUCGCUACAGCAUCGGUCGGACUGGUCGAGACAAAGAAAUAUAAUCGGGAAGUUUGUAUUUUAUCUGUGCAUGGGCGGAAACGCUUUGGCUGUAGUCACGGGUACAUCGGUAGCCUACGUCGCUGAUAAGUACUAUAACGCAACUCCAUUCUUGCUUACUGGAUCAGUCAAGGCAGGAUUGCCUCCGAUAAGCCUGCCACCUUUCGAGACAACCUGGAAUGGGAUUCACUAUGGCAUAACGGAUAUGUUAUCCCAAUACGGAAUAACCCUUGCGUUUGCGCCUAUGAUUGCUUUCUUGGAACACAUCGCUAUCGUGAAGUCAUUUUCGAAGGGCAAAGUGAUCGACGCGACCCAAGAGCUUUUGGCGCUCGGUAUCGGUAACAUGGCGGGCUCUUUAGUGCAUUCAAUGCCGAUCACCGGCUCUUUCACAAGGACUGCCGUGAAUAACGCUUCCGGUGUGAGGACUGUUACUGCCGGACUGGUGACUUGCAUGAUGCUCUUGGUCUCAGUAGCGCUGCUCACGGGCGUCUUUAAAUACAUUCCCAAAGCUACCUUGGCGGCAGUUAUCACGGUAUCCAUGUUCUAUCUGUGCGAGUUUCACGCGGCCAAAGUAUUGUGGAAAACCAAAAAAUUAGAUUUGAUACCCUACUUAGUUACAAUCACAUGCUGCUUGCUCAUAAGUCUCGAGUACGGAAUUUUAAUAGGCAUCGGAACAAAUAUGCUUUUUAUUCUGUACGACAGCGCAAGACCUAGGCUCUAUAUAGAGAAGUCCAUAAUCGUAGAUAACAAGGUUUAUAUUGUCCAACCCAAGGUGGCCCUGCACUUCACGUCCUCAGAAUAUCUGCGGCAAGAAAUCCUGAAAGACUGUAUCGGCGAUGAUGCCACUGUGGUAGUUGACGGGAAAUACGUUACUAGCGUAGACGCAACGAUAGCAAAGAGUUUUGGGGAUUUACUCGAAGAUUUAGUGAUCAGGAACCAAAAAUUAAUAUUUUGGAAUUUUAGUGAAAGUGUUAUCAACAUCUGCACGGGAGAUAACCAAAAAUUAUUGGACCAUUUCAAGAAUGAUGAUCUCGAAAACAUUUUAAAAGCACCGUCCCAACGAAUUUCAACUGCGAGCACCGAGCGAUGAGAGAAAUAUGUAAUUAUAAUUAUUAGAAUAAUUUAUAACAUUAAGUGUAUGUAUAUUCUAAAGCGCCACUUAAUUCUGAUCCUAGUUAGCACCUUGAUAAGUAUUAAUUGACAAUGUUCAAACAAAAUAAA